UUUUUUGUAUAAUAAUGUUUUUUUAUUAAAAAGCAAUAUAGAGAAAUGGUUUCUACUAACGAGGUAAGAAGAACUCAGUUGUUAAAAAUGGAUUGGAAAUUAAGUACGACUAUUUCCUCCAAUCAUUGUAAGAAUCUUGAUACGCCUUUUGUCACUUUGAUUUUUACGCUUCAAGAUGCAAAUGAGAAAAUCUUUAAUCGAAGCGUUAUAAUGGACAUUCAACAAUUUCAGGAAUACUCUAAACAAUUACGUGAGGUCCGUGAUGUGUUAGGAACAUCUUCUUAAAAACUUCAUUUUCCAAUUGUAAAUUUUAGUGAUCAAAUGUUUGAAGUUAAUGUCUUAUUGCUCCUAAAAAAACCUAUGGAAGAUAUUCUGUAAAAUUACUGCAUUUAUUAUUACUAAAUUUAUAAUACUAAA